AUGAAUACGGAAAAAGAAAAAAAAGAAUUUACAAUUCAUCUCUUCAGCUCAUCAUCAUCAGAGAAAUUUAAAACCAAUAAACUCAACUCAUUUUGUACAGAGCUACCAAAGCCAUUAAUUUUUAAUUCGAGUGAAGAUUGGAGGGUUGGAUUGCAGCAGAUUUUUAUUUCAAAUAGUUACAAAGUGUCCGAGUCUUUAUCUACUCGAGAUAGUAUCAACUUUAUUGAUCUAGAUUAUGAAAACUAUUCAAAAAAAACAAAUCAAAAGUUUGAUUUAGAUUUUUUAAUUAAUUAUAUGUUAGGACAAAUAAAUGACAUUCACAUAUACAAUGAAGAAUAUUUUAAGGAAUUUAUGAAUAAAGAUAUUGUUUUUGAACACAUUUUAUCAUUACGUCAAUCAUCACUUGGAAGCAUGAGACAACUUCGAUCUUCCACCACUGACGCUGCGAAAUUUUUGAUUGAUUUUGGCAUACCAAAUCAUCAACUAGAAAAGAUUAAUUUUGAGCUUGAUUUCAAAAAAGACUCAAACAAAUUCUUAAAAGCUCCAUAUGUUGAGUUUCAUACAAACAUUCCAUAUACUCUCUCACAAGUUCUUUACACAAUUAUUGAAAUCAUUAUUAAUAACUUAUCGCCUCACACCUGGCACAUGACUUCAAAACCCAAUAAUUUCAUUCAACAAUUAUCCUCAUCGACAACGAGAGAAAUUUAUGAUGUAAAAACAUUAUCAAAAAAAAUUGGAGAAAGUAAAAGAAGGGUUUUUGAUCUGGUGACAACUUUUAUAAAUUUAUUUAUCCAAAAAGUAUACAAAUAUCGUGAUGAACGUCUUGGAAGUGUUGAAAGUGUCCUUAAUCCAAUUAAAUCUCACUAUAUGAUGGUCUAUGUAGACUGUAUAUCGGAUGUUAUUUGUGGAGAGUCAUUGGUUAAAGUGUUAAGUGUAAUUCCAACGAGUUUCUUAGACAAGGGAUAUAUUAAUAUUAAUGAAAUUCAUUUUACUCCAAUUUCUCAAACUUUUAUUCAAAACAUAAACGUAAUAAUUUCCGAUGAAUAUGGACGUAAUUUUUCUUUAAAACCAUCAACUUGUAGCUCAUAUUUGGCUUUAAAAUUUAAAAGAUUUUAG